AUGUUGAAUUUCUUUGGUCCUUCUCCUUCGUUAUCAAUGGUGGCUUCGCUCACUGAUUCCGAUGAAUUUGCACUUAACUUUCUGAAGAACUACCUCACCGGUGUAAUGGCGAUUCCCGUUUGCAUGGCGCUUCAAAACAAAUUAUUCGCGUUUUGGGUCCCGAUACUCAUCUUCUUGGCAGGCGCAAUUGGGAUAUUCAUCUCGACCUUCAUAGAAAGUGUAUUGAAGUCCAUGACGUUAAAGAAUUGCUUCAAAGAGUCUUACUAUGCUGCAAAUGCAUUCAUUCGUGGUGGUUUCAUUCCAAUGCUUCUUGGAUUCUUGGCUCAGGAUCGUAUACAUCGUAUAGUUAAUUUGAUUCUCUCCACUGGGAUGAUAUCUGCUCGUGCGAUCUACGAUUGGUCUGAUAAUGGUAUUAAAGGAAGAAAGACUAUUGUGUCUCUUUGGUGGGUUUGGUUUAUGGUUAUGUGCGGAACUACAAUCUUAGUCGGUCUUGCUGAUUUAGUCAACUAUCCACAACUUCAGACAAAUCGCUCUAAAGGUUUUGCUUUGUCGACAUCAAGUUUUGAGCUUUCUUGGUACUUGAGGCAAAUGACAGGUUUCGAUCCGUUGCUUCACCGACCCAUCGCCGGUGGACUCUGA